AUGAGGGAACAGGGAGUAAUACAGGAAUCCGUGAGUCCUUGGAUGUCGCCAGCUAUCUUGGUAAAAAAGAAAGACGGGACGAUAAGAUUUUGUGUUGAUUAUCGCAAGUUAAAUGCGGUUACUAAAAAGGAUUCUUAUCCUUUACCCAGGAUAGAUGAUAUUUUCGAUCAACUUUCAGGUAGCUCUUGGUAUUCCACGUUAGAUCUGAAAAGUGGAUACUGGCAGGUUAAAAUUCGACCGGAAGAUAAAGAGAAAACAGCAUUUUCGGUCGGAAAUGGAUUAUGGCAGUUUAAGGUAAUGCCAUUUGGUUUGUGUAAUGCUCCGGCGACUUUCGAGCAAGUAAUGGAACAGAUUCUUCAGGAAUUACUUUCAAAAAUUUGUCUAGUCUAUCUUGAGUAUAUGAUUAUUUUUAGUGAAAGUUUCGAAGAAAUGAUAGGAAAUUUAAAAAAGGUAUUCUUACGAAUGCGAGAGGUCCCGGGUUCAAAUCUCGGACGAGCCCCCAAAAUGUUGCGCCCAAUGCACGAGAUUGCACUCGGAUAG